CCCUUCGCAGUCUCCGCACCGCCAAGAUCUCUCCCUCUUUGAUGGCCCUUUCCCCUCCUUCGCCUCCCCCCCUUUUUUUGGCUCGUCCGUUCCCCUACCAGCCUGCCGAGCGCGCAGCGAUCGAUCUCAACCCUCCUCCCCACCGAAGGCCCGCCGGAACCGCAGGCUCAGGAGACUCCCCCCCACCAACCUCGCCCCAUCGCCCAAAUUCCCUUCUAAUUCAAACCAUGACCGCUGCCACCUCCUCCAAUACCAGCGCCACCAGCACCUCCCAUCCCCACCCCCACCGCCCCUCCUCCGCCGCCGCCUCCGCCACCCAGGCCUGCGCCGCCUGCAAGUACCAGCGUCGCAAGUGCAAUCGAGACUGCACCCUCGCCCCCUACUUCCCCGCCGACCAGCAACGCCAAUUCCUCAACGCCCACCGCCUUUUCGGCGUCAGCAACAUCCUCAAGAGCAUCCGCCACCUCGACCCCGUCCAGCGUGCCGAAGCCAUGCGCUCCAUCAUCUUCCAGUCCAACGCCCGCGCCCACGACCCUGUCGGCGGGUGCUACCGCAUCAUCCUCGAGCUCGAGCGCCAGCUCCAGCGCGACUCCGCCGAGCUCGCCCUCGUCCUCCGCCAGCUCGCCAUCUGCCGCUCCCAGGCUCGACCAGGUCCAUCCCCUGCCACCACCGCCGUUGCCUCCGACCUCGGCGUCGUCUAUCCCAAUCUCAUUCUAAAUGCAGACGACACUGUCGGUGUUGUUCUUCCGAUGCAUCAGCGGCAACCCCAGCAGCAGUUCUGCGAUUAUUUCUAUUAUGACGACCCCCACGACGACCAUCAUAACAAUAAUGGCAAGAAUCAUCAUCGUAAUUAUAAUAACAGAGGGGUCGUCCACAUGGAGGUCCCAACAACGUCGAUGCCGUGCGAGGUUGAGGAGGAGGAGGAGGACGUGAAGUCGCUCGUCGACAUGUUCGAGAUCAGGCAGGCAUUGAUAGGGGAUGACGAGGAGGAAUCCGCCAAGAAUUUCGCUGCUGCUGCUGCUGUUGCUGAACCAUUUCAGUGCAGUGGUAAGAUAGAGUCGAAAGAAGAAUUAAACCCUAUUGAGGAUGUUUCAGAACAUGAUUUGAAAGGCGCUGCCUCCUUGUUUACUCUCACGAAUUGUACAAGCUCUUCUUCCAUUGAAGAGGACUCGGUGGUGCUGCAGCCAAGGGAAGAUCAAAGAAAUCCAAAGGAUCUAUAUGCCACUGAGAUCUCUGCUGUUUGAGUGGGGCCACCAACCAAGCCUUUGGGAGUGGGGAACCAAAAGAGCUCUUCCUUCUGAAUUUUAAACUCUCAUUCUAGGUGGGGAGAUGCUGUUUUACCUGCAAACCUUCAGUGACAUGCUGGCUUCUAUGGUCACUUGAGGAAACCUUCAUUGCUUGUCUCUGAACCAGUAGUUUGAAUCAAGCUCCAGCUCUGUGACCAGCCAAACAAACAGGAAGAGUCCAUUGAUAGGUAUUGGAUAGCGCCUUAGCUUCAGCCAUCCAAUCCUCUACCUUUUCAUAUAGUGGUGGUCCCAACAUGUGGUUUCAAUUGUGCGUGAGAGUUACCCAGGUACUAGUCCAAUGCGAUGGUGACUCCACAACCUCUUCACAAAAUGUUGGGUGAGAGAGAGAGAGAGAGAGUAUUGCAGAAGGAAGGAUCUUGUAUAGUGUCCUGCAGCGAGACUGUUAGAGCCUACAGUAUGUAGAACAGCCACAGUCUCCAACUAUUAACAUAAUCUCUACUGACCAUCAGGAGUUUGAUCAAAGAUUGAUCUGGUUAUUAGUCCAUGAAAUGAUAAAGAAUGUAAAACAGUCCUGAGUUAUUCAUGAUACUAUUGGAUAGCUAUGUAUGCUUUUAUUACUACUAUAAUUUCUUCGAUAUUCAUCC